AUGGAUUUUACUAAAGAUACUUCGGAAUGUUCUUCAUCAGUUGGGAAAUCUUUCAGCCAGGAUUCUUUAAAUGCUAGAAUUCUUUUUAAGGCUUGCAGAGAUGCUGAAAGUAAAAGUUUGAUUAGCAUUACAGAAACUUCGUCUUCCAAGUCAUUCGAUAACCAAGUUGAUGAACAAGAAAUUCAAAAGCAACUUAAGUUUCUUAAUGCUUAUCUUGAUUCAUCCGAUAUUAACUUAAUAUGUCAACAGGAUAAACGUCACUUUUCAUUGCAAAAUGAAAUUGUUUCCAUUACUUCUGAUAGAAAAUUUGAAGCUCUCAAAACUCAAAUCGUCGACACAGAAUGUCAAAUGAAUACAAAGAUGGAGAGAGGAUAUAAUGAACUUCGUCGUUUGGUGAUGAAACGUAUUGAUGCCAUUACGCUGAAGCAGUCAACUUUUAUUUCUGAAAUAUCCAAAAGAAUAGAUAUACUCGAGCAACAGACUAAAAAAAUAGUCAAAGAAAACGAACAAGCGAGUCGUGAAAGUUCAACAUGUUUUGAAUUUAAAAUGAGCAGUUUUGAGAAAGAAUUAAGUGAUAUUCGUUCAAUUCUUGGUAUUGAACAUAAAAUGAAUUCUCUUUCUGUUGACAUUGCUGACAAGAACAAAUCUGAUAAUGAAUCUGACAAUGAGGAUGAUAAAGAGAAUAUUUAG